GCUUCCUAUUGGCUGGUUGCGUUGCCGCGCCAGUGGAGGCGAGAAACAGCGCGACGAUUCAACCGCGUCCAUCUUUUGUCUUUUUGAGAGUUAAACCAGCAGAUGAACUGAAGUCAACGUCCGGUUACCUUGUGUGGAGCUAACGAAGCUAGGGGAGCUAACCUCAGAUGAGCUGAAGUCAACGUCCGGUUACCUUGUGUGGAGCUAACGAAGCUAGGGGAGCUAACCUCAGAUGGAGAUGAGCUGAAGUCAACGUCCGGUUACCUUGUGUGGAGCUAACGAAGCUAGGGGAGCUAACCUCAGAUGGAGAUGAGCUGAAGUCAACGUCCGGUUACCUUGUGUGGAGCUAACGAAGCUAGGGGAGCUAACCUCAGAUGGAGAUGAACUGAAGUCAACGUCCGGUUACCUUGUGUGGAGCUAACGAAGCUAGGGGAGCUAACCUCAGAUGGAGAUGAGCUGAAGUCAACGUCCGGUUACCUUGUGUGGAGCUAACGAAGCUAGGGGAGCUAACCUCAGAUGAGCUGAAGUCAACGUCCGGUUACCUUGUGUGGAGCUAACGAAGCUAGGGGAGCUAACGGUUAGCUGUACUCAGCGCUGAGUUGCCGUUAAUAGGGCCUCUCUGUCGGCCAUAGCAGCGAUGAGCUUCCCGGUGAACCUCCAGGAUCUUCCGCCCGGAGUGUUGGAGGCGGUGUUUACUCCGGAGACCGUGAGAGGAAGAACCUCCAGGAACUCUCUCAUCGCGUUGAGUUUCCCCAAAUCCAGAUCUGCUCUGUGGGACGGCAGCGCUGCAGGAGAGAAGCUCCGCCUCCAGCUCUGUGCUCACAGGAAGCCCCACCUACUGCUGAUGGAGAAAGCUCUGCGUCUGGCUCAACGUCACGCCCGUCACAGCAACAAGCCCCGCCUCCUGAGCUUCCUCCUGGGGUCAGUGAGUGUCGACGCAGAUGAGGAGGGGGUCACUGUGACCCUGGACCGGUUCGAUCCGGGUCGGGACCAGGCCGGGUCCUGCAGGGUCCCAUCUGCUCUGCUGCCCGGAGACGUCCUGGUUCCCUGUCAGUUCUCCAUGCAGACCGAGCCCACUGACGCCGUCGCCCAAUCAGAGGCAGAGAUUCACCUGUGCUUCAAGGCGUUGCAGCAGUGUGUGAGCAGCAGACAGGCUCUGGAUCUGUCUCAGCUGCUGAAGGUCAGAGGUCACGUGGUCGUCUCUCAGCAGUCUGACGCUGCAGCGUUCGUCCUCAGCUGGUCGGCCGUCUGUCCGUCAGUUGGCGUGGACGUCCAUCCGAUCCGCCCCGUCCCCGUCAUCCCCACCGCACUGCUGCGGAGCCUGACCGGCCUCCACCGGGGGCCUCCGCCCCCCAGCCGGCAGAGAGGGUUUCUGACCAUGGAUCAGACCAGGAAGCUGCUCCUGCUGCUGGAGUCGGACCCCAAAGCCUCCAAUCUGCCGCUCGUCGGCCUCUGGCUGAGUGGAGUCGCACACGUGUCCAACCCUCAGGUGUGGGCCUGGUGCGUGAGGUACCUGUACAGCUCCGCCCUCCAGGACAGGGUUCUGUCAGAGAGCCGCUGUUUCCUCCUCGUCCUGUUCGCCUCCACCCACAGACCUCCUCAGUUCUUCCAGUGUCGAGGACCUGGACCGGGACCGGGACCGGCACCGCAGCUGGACUACCAGAUGCUGACCGCCUCCCAGUGUGUCACCCUGUACCAGCAGGUGGCCUCGGUGGAGGAUCGGACUCUGCAGUGUGAACUAGGUUCAGAGGAUCACAGCAGACAGACGGAGGUGUUCAGACAGGCCCAGACCUCCUUCAGCAGAGCCCGCCUGUCUGUCAGCGAUCAGGACUCCGGAGUCGAGGACGAGGACUUGUCUCCGUGGCCGUCCCCGAGCCCCCACCCGCCCACUCAGCAGGCGCGCAGAGUUCAGCCGUCUGUUCCUGAACUCUCUCUGCUGAUUGACAGCAGCGUCACCACCAAUCGGAACGCUCGGCAGGACCCUGGCCCCGCCCACAGAGACCCUCCUCCUGCGCCUCCCACCAGAAACAACUCCACCACCACCUCCUCCUCCUCCGCUCCCAGACCUGCUGCUCCUCCUCACCUCCACAGCACCCCCAACUCCAACCUGCAGGAGCCCUGCUGCUGCUGCUCCACCCACACCUACGACUGCACCUCCAUCUUCUCCUCCCCAGGACUUCACCCUGCUCCAUCCCAUCACACUCCUCCUCCAUCCAGUCUCCACCUUGCUCCUCCUCCAUCCUCCCACACUCCUCCUCCAUCCAGUCUCCACCCUGCUCCUCCUCCAUCCUCCCACCAUCACACUCCUCCUCCAUCCAGUCUCCACCCUGCUCCUCCUCCAUCCUCCAUUCUUGCUACACCCCUGUCCUCCCAUCACCAUACUCUAUCUCCCUGCUCCACCCACCCUCCUCACAGCUCUUCCCUCCUCCACCCUCCUCCCGCCCCGUGGUGUGGUGCCUCCCCCUCUCCACCCCCCUCCCGCCCCCCCUGUGUGAAUCGGUGCUGUGAUCAGGUGGGGGUGGUGGUCCCAUCUGACACCUACCAGCUCCUCCUCCAUCAGGACCAACAGCUCCGGCUCCUGCAGGCACAGGUCCAGAUGCUGCUGGAGGCUCAGGGGAGACUUCAGUCAUCAGGUGGGCAGGUGGAGGCUCUCACACCCCGGACCACUGCCAGCAUUGCUGUGGGAACAGGAGCCAGUCUGUUCUGGGGAGAUCCUGUCCAGUCGCCCCUCCCCCAUCAGGAGGUACAGGCUCCUCCCCCCUCCUCCCACACGCCAACCUCCUCACACGCCGACCUGUCCGUCAUUGGGUCUGUGGGCGGAGCUGAUGUCAUUGACGGUCAGCACAGGUGCAGUAUCAGCGGUCUGGAGAGUCCAGUUCUGGGAGAGAGUGCGAGCAUGUACCGAGCUGAUGGAGAGCAGCAGCGCUUCUAUCACAACCUGAUGAGUCAGCUGACCAGUCGUCUCCAGGAGUCAGACAGUAAACAGGAAGUGGAAGAGGAGUCUAGCAGGAGGUCCCGCAGGAAGCAGAGCGGUAAAGGAGACCCAGUGCUCAGAGCCACCGUGAGGCAGCUGCAGCAGCUCGGAGUCCACGUGGACCCAGAAGACCUGACGGAGUCCGAGCGCCGAGUCCACCAAACCGUGGAGAGCAGCAGCACGCUGGCGAGCAUCAACCCGGCGGCGGUUCUGUCCCGGCUGAGCGUGACCGAGCCGACGGCCAGCAUUCUGGUCCCUGAAGGCAGCGUGGACCUGAGCCUGGAGGCCAACGCCAUCGCCCUGCGCUACCUGAGUGACUCGCAGCUCAGCAGGCUCUGCGUCGGAGGCCACGCCCCCUCAGGUCCAGGCCCCGCCUCCAACCACUCCCUGCUGUCACCGAGCAACAUGUCUCUGGCCACCAGGACGUACAUGAGGAGAUACGGCUUGAUGGAGAUGGAGGAGGAGGAGGAGGAGGAAGAAGAAGAAGAAGAAGAAGAAGAAGAAGCGCCAGCUCGCCCGCCGCUGAACGAAGCUCUGAACGUGAAGCUCCUCCCACAGAGUCAGCUGAUCCGGGACCUGCGGCCCAAAAUGCAGCUGUUAGCCGGUGCUGCCGACAAGGAGAACCGUUCCAGCAGGCGGCCAUCUUUAAUGAAGGCGAGCGGCCGUCAGCCUGAAGGAUCGGUGGGAAACAUUCUGGACCUCAGUCGCCUCCGACAGCUGCCCAAGCUCUUCUGACCCGGGAGUCUGGGCCACUCUGGGUCCUGGUUUUCUUUAGUCCGGUUGUGUCUUUUGGGUCAGGCUGGUUUCACAUUCAUCAGAAGUUUGUGUGUUUUUCACUUCCUGAUUUAAUGUAAAAUAUUUGUUUUAAAUAUUUAUUCCACAAAUAAAAUUAAUAAUACUUUUAA